AUGACUCGAAAACCAGUGCUAAUGGAACAUGAAACCAAAUUAGUGGAGGAAAACGCUUAUAAGAGAAAUCGAAGCUCUCAAAUAGGUAAGAUACUCACAUACAUUCCUCCAGAUCCGCAUGGAGAUACAAUUGUAGUGACGAUUGUAGAUGAAGAUAUUAAGGAACAUCAGAGCUAUUGGAGCAAUUCACUCAUUGGCUAUGUUGCGGGUGAAAAUCCUUAUUUCAAAUCUAUGGAGAAUUAUGUUGAUAAUGUGUGGGAUUUUGUUAAUAAAUCAAAAAUCUUAUGUCAUGUUGACGGCUAUUACAUAUUUAGAUUUGAUUCGAUGGACGAUAGGGAUAGAGUCAUACAAUUAGGUCCCUAUACUUUUCAUUACAAGUCGUUCAUUUUGAUGAAUUGGUCGAUUGACUUUGUUUUUGACCUAGAGUGUUUGAAUGUGAUUCCACUAUGGGUAAGAUUUCCAAACUUAACAGUUGGAUAUUGGUCUACUGAGGUUCUGAGUAAACUGGCUAGUGUAGUGGGCAAGCCUAUGUACACUGAUCUGUAUACUAUUGAGAUGGAUCGUAUCUCCUUUGCCAGAGUCCUAGUAGAAGCAGACAGUUCCCAUCCCUUGCCGAGUGAUAUUGAGCUACACACUCCAGUAGGAAUUAUUCAUCAGAGCGUUGAAUAUGACUGA